GGAUUGGGGGUUGGCAGUAUAUCCGGAAGACAACCAGAUGGGAUAAACCGAACAUAUUUUUCCCCCCAUGUUCCUCGUUAAAGCGGGAUUAUAAAACGUAUGUAAGUGGUAGAACAGACAUAGUGUCCGGAGUAUGUCUUCUCGUUAAAACAUUGUUGAUACCAGAAAAGAUAGCUUCAAUGAGGAAACAGCGAAAGAAAUAGUCAAAGUCCCGAGUGGCAGGAGCAACAGCUCUCCGCUAUCGUUCAUUACAUCCGAGGACAGGAGACCGAGAAAAGGCAACACUCGCCUGAAGCGUGAGCAAGUCUAUGAAAGGGUGAAUAUGAGAUUAACAGGGCCAAUCAGAGCUGUGGCUGUGCUGUUAUUGAUAGGACUCACCUGGCUGUUGGCAAACUCCUUAUUUGGAGGGGAAGGCGGUUUGUCUGUGAGGUUUUUCUUCAGUGGAGCAAGUGAGGAACCAACUCCAGAACCCCGCCCUCGACGGUAUAAAUGUGGUCUCACAGCUCCUUGUCCCCCAAAACAUUUGGCUUUCCGCCUGGUAUCCGGUGCUGCCAACGUCAUUGGGCCCAAAAUAUGCCUGGAGGACAAGAUGUUAGUGAGCAGUGUCAAGAACAAUGUAGGUCGGGGACUAAACAUUGCUUUGGUCAAUGGGGUGACAGGAGAGCUUUUGGAAACAAAGACCUUUGAUAUGUGGGCAGGAGAUGUUUCUGACCUGUUGAAGUUUCUCCGGCCGCUCCAUGAAGGAACUCUCGUCUUUGUGGCUUCCUUUGAUGAUGCAGCUACAAAGAUGAAUGAUGAGUCUCGACGACUGUUCGAGGAGCUCGGGAGCCAGGCAGUGAAGGAGCUGGCUUUCCGAGACAGCUGGGUGUUUGUUGGAGCAAAGGGAAUCGAGAAUAAGAGUCCUUUUGAGCAGCGUAUGAAGAACAGCAAGAGCAGCAACAAGUAUGAAGGCUGGCCCGAGUCUCUAGAGAUGGAUGGCUGUAUUCCCCUCCGUCCCCCACUGGAGGGCUGAUCCUGCCUGGUACUCUCUCACGUUAACAGCAUAGUACCAGCUGGAGUGGUGGAGCAGUGGAUCCAAAUGACUGUCAGAAAGCCAUGAAACUGCCCAAUGACUGGAACUAUCUCUAGGCUACAAACAACAUUAUAUUUUCCCUCUUGUUGCAGAGGUAUGAGCUGACAGCAAAGAUUGUCUUGGGAUGGAUUCUAUUUAAAAUUGCUGGAACUUGUGCAGGAUUUUUGUGUGAAGCUUUGUGAGCCAUUUUUGAGCUGAAGUUUUGCUGUAGGAUCUGGGAAAAUGUUUGUGCUGGGUUAAGGGAAACUUGAGAAGCCAAAGGCUUGAUGACCAAAGUGUAACUACGACUCAUGAAUGAAAACAGCUGGACAUGGUUUUUCAAAGCUGUUGUUAGAAAUGGAUAUGUUUCCUUUGUGCAAGGCUGCCUGUAGGGUGUCAAUAUUCUUCAGCAACAGGAAUAUGAAGCGUUGAAUACUUGCACAUUUUGUGUUCAGCAGACAAAAGACACUCUGAACUGGUUUUGCUUUAAGGCUUUGGAAACCCUAAUCCACAUUAGCAUAGGAAAAAUGUUUGAGGUACACUAGUUGUUAAAACUUCCUUCUAAACAACAGGAGUUGGUUAAAUUUUAUAUUGAAAUCUGUUAAUAUAUUAUCUUGUGAUACAUAUUUCAUUGUUGCGCUAAGUGCUUGCUGCCAUUGUUUUCUUAGAACUUAAUGCAUUGCAGUUGUUGCUUGCCAAAUGUUUACAGACUUCUUUAUAUGACAUUGGCCUAGGUCAUUUUUCUUUUUAAUAAGUUUAUUUAUUUUAACACUUUAUCAGAAAAUACAACAUGUUCAACAUUGGGGUUCUUCCAAAACACUGCCUUUAGUUUUAAUGUUAUCUCAGCUUGUAAGCAUAUUUUGACUGAGUACUGUUUUUUUCAGGAUUCACUUUAAAUGUGUUAAUGUAUGUUAUUUUUAAAAGUUGCGUGUUGCCAGGGGGUCUCUUGUAAACCUGACGUUUAGAGUAUGUAUAAAAAUAAAUAUAUAUCAUUUAAAUAUAUGUUUUGAGGUCAAUUUUAAAUGCUUUGUCAGAAUUAUGUUAGCUUCUAUGUGUAACAGUUUUCCCCAAAGCGUUACAGUUUGUCUUUACUUUGUUACAUACUGAUGAAAUAAAAAUGUCUGAAUUUU